GGUCAACAACAGAAGCAGACAAGGAAGAAUACCUCAAACCCACCAAGCGAGGCUUCUCUCUUUGGUAGGUGAAGGAGAAGAAGAAGAAUUUUGAGAAGCAAUUAGCUUGGAACUUGGAAACAAUGGAUAGCAUGCUUUGUGAUGAGCUGCUCCAAGAAAUCAUUUCGAGAUUAGUCUCAGAAUCAUCAGCAUCACCUGCACCAUCUUCAUCAGCUUCAUCGGUUUCUUUGGUCUCUAAGCGGUGGCUCCGUCUCUAUCGUACUUCCAGAACCUCUCUUUCUCUUAGAUUUGCUCCUGACAAUUCCACAAUUCAAUCUUUGCUCUCUCUUCUCUCCAACUACCCAUUUCUCUCCUCUCUUCCUCUCCUCUUCUCCUCUGACCCUACCUUAACGAUCACCAAUUCAACCAACACAGCUUUCAAUGAUCAUCUUCUUUUUAUAGUGUCCACUUCUUGCUCCAAGCUUAAGCACCUCAGGUUCUUGGCUGGUCCUAUCUCUCAUUCUUCUCUCCUUUCUCUCUCUACUACAAGUGCCCUUCUCACCUCUCUAACUAUCGUUCUGUCCAGGCCUCUCUUCUUCAACUGGGUUGCUUAUUUUUCUAGUUUAAAGGAAUUAUCUAUCUAUGUAUCAGAUUUUGAUGGGGCUGGGGAUGAAUUUUACAGCAAUAGCCAAUCUGGGUUGUAUUUAAAUCAAGAAACUGAUGCAGAAUUGGGUUUGGAGAGUCUUUAUUUAUCAGGGAUUAAAAGAGAUGAUUCUGGUUUGGGUUGGUUAUGGAGAAGCUGCAAAAAACUCAAGAAAUUGCAGUUAAAGAACUGUGAAGGUAUUGGUGAUGGAGGAUCCUUUUUAUCAUUUAUCAGGUGCUUGAAUGUUCUCCAAGAACUGGAGCUAAGGACUUGUAGGAGUAUAGUUGAUGGGGUUUUAAUAAGAUUGGCAGAGAAUUGUGAAUCUUUGAAUUCUCUUUUGGUUUAUGAUGGUGGUAGCAGAGAAGGCUUCCUUCAUUUCAUUAACAAUUGCAGGUGUAAUCUGCAAAAACUGGACCUUCGAUUACCUUUAGACCUAAACAAUGAUCAUCUCUUAGCAAUUGCAGUAAAUUUCAGGGGUCUCUCAACUCUUAGGCUUCGAAGUUGUUGCCUAGUUACUGGCGAAGGACUAAAAGCUCUUGGAAUUGCCAUGAGUUCAGGGCUCCUCAAAGAAUUGGCACUUAUAAAUUGUGAUGUUGUUGAAAGGGAAUCUGGAUUGCUUGCCACAUUAGGCCAGCAUUUGAAGCAACUGGGUAAACUAGACUUGUCUCAUAAUGAGUCUUUGCUGGAUAAAGAGUUCAUAUCAAUGCUAGUUUCUUGCAAUAAUCUGGUUGAGUUGAGGUUAAGAGGGUGCAAAGGACUUACUAGUUUAGCAAUUCUUUCUAGGUUCAAGAGUUGCAAGAGAUUGGAAAAUGUUGAUAUUAUACAUUGUUGUGGGAUUGAGGCUGAGGCUAUUGAAUUCUUCGUUCUUAAUUCACCGCGAUUGAGACGAAUGCAGGUUGAGGAAAGCAAGGUUUCUGAUGUUGCAAGGACAUGGGCGUCACAUAAACUCAUUGAGGUUGUUGCUUCAUUCAUGAACUAAAGAAAAAAAAAAGGAAAACCAAUUCUUCUUUGUUUGCUGUAAAUAUCUCUGUUGUAGAAUAGAAAGAGGUGAAUAAUUAAGUUAGCACAGAUGUUGAAUGUUCAAUAAAAAUGAUGAUAUAAGAUUUGAGUUC